CUUCAUUGCAUGCUGCUGAAUGCUCAUGCUGUCAUGAGUGUAUCGAAGUCUUUUAUAUCUAAAAGAAUAUUCGUAAAAAACAGCAAGCUAGUUGAAACUUUAGAACGACCACCGGCACGGUACAGUACUUAGUCACAAUGCUUGAGCUGAAAAAUAUCGAACUUCCCAAGUUGGAAAACGAUCAAAAGUCGUACGCGGGGAUCCCAGAAGCCGUAUUUGUGGAGGACGUAGAAGCAUUUAUGCGACAGUCUGGCGAUGAAGAGAACGUAGAAAAAGUUUUGAAAAGCCUCGAUGAACAGCACAGCAAGUACAAGUUUAUGGAAUUUAACAUCAUUUCCCGAAAGCGCCGUUUACGACAGCAAAUUCCGGAUCUAGCCAAAAGUCUUGAAAUGAUCAAAAUUUUGAAAAACCAAACAGAAGAACAAGAAACACAAUUUCUCCUAAGCGAAGGUGUGUUCGUCAAGACUCGUGUCCCGCCCACGAAAACAGUUUGCCUCUGGCUGGGGGCAAACGUGAUGCUCGAAUAUCCACUGGAUGAGGCCGAAGAGCUGCUCAAGCAGAAUAAAACCUCGGCCGAGGUAAACCUCAAGUGUCUGGAGCACGAUCAGGAGUUUUUGCGCGAUCAGAUAACGACCACCGAAGUUAACAUGGCACGGGUGCACAAUUACGACGUGAAGAAGCGACAGGCGAAAAAAGCCGCCGAGGAAGAGUGAGAUUACCGAGACAUGAGCAUGGGCGCAUUUAAGCUUUCACAGCCGCACGCCGCCGCCGUCGUGUGGCACACACAUUUUUGGUUCAUUAACAUUAAGCCGAAUUAAAAACAGCUGCAGUUUACCUAAA